CUACGCAUGCCCACCCGGGCGUCUAAUUGCUCCAUCGAUCUUGCUCUGUACACUCAUGUCGACCACGAGUCCAAAUGCUCCUAUAUGCCGUUUCUACCAACAAGGCAGCUGCAAAUAUGGCUCUGGAUGUAAGAACCAACACCCGAGCCCUGUUUCUGAAACCAACAAGAAUCAAGGACAGAAUCCGAAUAAGAAUCGGGCUCGAAUCCGUAAGAAAGGUGGACGGUCAGGUAUCGCUGGGCCGGUUGACCAUCGUCACACCAAUACGGCCACUGAUGCUGUUAGUGGUCAAGCUAAUACGGACUCGUCUCAAGAACCUCGUGAUCACCGAGCCGUUAACAGUUCAAAGAGCUGCGUGUGUUUCUCAUGGCAGAAGGGAAGCUGUGCCAAAGGAGAGGCAUGCAGAUUUGAGCAUGGUCCGAAAAUGAGAUACGAAUCGGUUGGAGAGAAUCAGAUGCCGGAAGGAGAAAAUCGUACACCAUUGUUUUCAGCUGUUCCUCUUCCACAGGCGAACAAAAAUCCAUGCUAUGCGUGGAUGAAAGGAACUUGCACCAGAGGGGAGACGUGUCGGUUUGCCCACGAUGCUAACGCCCUAGGCUUUUCCAGACAGCGCCGCCUCGAUAGGGAAAAUCAUGUCAAAGUAGCUGAAGCGAAAGCCGAAGAAGUUAGAAAGGAAAAUGAACGACUGCGCCAAGAGGAAGCCCAAAGGAAAAAAGAUGAAAAGCGGCGCCAACGAGAGGAGAUCCGUAUCCGUCAGGAAGAAGAACAACGUCGAAUUGAUGACGAGCAGCGCACAAUAGAUGCUCAGCGGACCCACCAAUGUAUCGUCUUCGGGUCCAUCGUUACCUUCAGCUCCGGCCUCGCCAUUCAGAAUAUAAUCGCCGGCUUCGACUCUUGCAGAAUCCGAGUCAAGGAUAUUCCUCGCGAUGCCCACCCGAAUGAAAUCGGGGAUCUCUUCACUCAGCAAGGCCUCGAUGUGUCCGAGUUCCACGUCGUAUCCGUACACAGUACCGGCAAAGGGAAGCAGGAUGUCGAUGUCGUCACAUCUGUUGCAGUCGCCCAGACGUUCGCCGCAGCGCUUGAAGGGAUGGAAUUCAGAGACGAAAUACUAGAAUUUGAAAUUGGCGUAUUCAAUCAACCUGGUGGUAUGGGUGCCUUGGCGCCUCGGGAUGAGAAUGUUCUCACCAUCUUCUGCCGUGCUCCGUCUACGACCUGCAUCGUCGAGUAUCCAGAUGUGGCGACUUGUCGUUCAAAGGUGGCGGAACUGAAUGGUCGCAUAUGUUCCGGCAGGAGGGUGAAGGUUGAGAUGAACCAACCACCUCAAAGCCGCUUAGUUCCCAAUUUCCGACCGGCUAUCAAGGUUUCCAAUCUCCCUGAUAGCCCUCCUACUUGGAUAUUCGACCACAUCCGGUAUGGUGGUGGGAAUGUCAAACUUCUCGAGUCUCAUAGCUUCGACGUCAGUGUCGCCUCCCUUCGACUACGAUCGCAUAUCAAUUGCGUCGAUGGUGUUGAGGUUCAGUCAUUCGAUGUGACCUCCUGGGGCGACACCGUAGCUGGAAACUUCUCCGUGCGUGUUCGUUUCGAAAGCUGGGAAAGCGCCAAAAAAGUCCAAGAUGCCUUGAUCAACCGACGUUUUGAUUUCAUUGAUGAUUCCAUGUUCUGGUUCAAACUACCACCACAGGAGCUCUACACCAUUAUCAUCCCGCCAGAACAGUAUCUUGCCCAAGCUAGCCUUUGGACGAAAUUGCAGCAGAGUAUCAAAGAUCACAAAGCAUGUGAACUCUUUAUUCGUCAAAUGCCACGUGGGGACUACAGCAUCCAGGUAUCGGGAGCUGUCAGAGCAGCCAUCGGUGCUCUCAAAGUACGCGUCGAGAGUCUUGCUGCUGGUGAAAAGAUCGACCAAUGGCACCAGCAUCUGGUACGACCGCCAGUUGAACUGACGAAGAGGAUUACGGAUGUGGGCGCUUUCAUGCGAGCAGAUUUCAGGAAGCAUGCAAUUAAACUGUACGGAAAUUCGGUAGCCAUCACACAGGCCAAGACGAUCCUAAAGGAAGAGCUCGACCGUCUUAUGUCGCUGCAGUUUUCAGUAAAGUUGGAACGUCGAUCGGUGGGAUAUUUCCUCCGUACUGGUCUCAGUGCGAUGAAGGAGGUAUUUGGAGACGACUGCGUUACCCUCGAUAUUCGCUUAGCGAGAAUCACCAUCCGAGGUGGCGAAGAAGUCAGGCUCCACCUCAACAACCACAUCGCUGAGUCUCUAAAGAAGGUUGUCGUCCAAGUUGUUCCAGGAACUCAUACCUGUCCCGUCUGUUAUGAUGAGGCUUCCGCACCGUUCCAGCUAGUCUGUCGGCAUGUCUAUUGUACCGCAUGCAUCCGGCAUUUCUUGACGUCCGCAGCGGAGACAGGUAUAUUCCCUUUGGUGUGCAUGGGCAACGACGCGACCUGUGGCACUCCGAUAUCCAUUCCUGUCAUCCAGAAGUUCUUGCCUCAGAGCUCUUUCGAGCAUCUUCUCAAGCCAGUGUUCACAUCAUAUGUUGACAAGCAGCCUCAAGUUUUUGGGUACUGCAAGACACCAGAUUGCACCCAGAUCUAUCGCAAGUCGAAAUCUGCAUCUCUUUUGCGCUGUCCAUCGUGUUUCUCUGAAGUAUGCUCAUCCUGUGGUGAGGAUUCGCACGUAGGAAAGAGCUGUGAAGAGGCUCGAGAUUCUAACAGUGCAGCUGAACAGGAGAGGUUAAGCGAGGAAUGGAUCAUGCAGCAGAGCGGAAUCAAGAAAUGUCCGACGUGCUCGUGUUUACUAGACAAGAUUUCCGGUUGUAACCACAUAAAAUGCCCGCUCUGCGGGUCCCACAUCUGCUGGCACUGCAUGGGUGUAUUUCCGAGACAUGACAUCUACCGCCAUAUGGAUGCCGAGCAUGGGGGCUACUAUACUACCAAUCCCACUCCCAACGCUAAUAACCAUGUACCCGUCAACCCCUUCCGGGGUGCUGAUUACGGUGAACAAGCGAGGCUCCUACGUGAAGUGGAGGUUCGCCGACAACUAGAGCAGGAGCGGCAGCGGCGUAUGAAUCGCGGACGGCAGGGUUCGUUUUGUAUUGUGAUGUAAUAGUAAGUAGUGGUGCACAAGCCUCCAUAUGCCGAAACACCUAUAUCAAUAUGUAUAUUGACUAACCUCGAGAAAGACGGUUUGCAGUGAGUACCUGGGAGCUAGGAAGGUCCGGCGUAUCUUUAUCUGUAUGAGCCCACUUGAUCCGUCACAACUUACUAAUAGCACGUCAGCCGCGCACGAUGAGCAU